UUCAGAAAGCAGCCGCACUCUGAAUGAAACUUCACCUACAUGUCGCCUGAGAGAGCCAGCAGUGUUGUGGAGUGAUAUCCUCGGUUUUUCAGGUAUUUAUUCAGUGCAGGUGAUCAUGGGCAUCAAGGCUCAGCGCUCUCGAUGUUUCCUUGACAUUGGAAUCGGCAAUGUGCUCAUUGGCCGAGUCGUCAUCGAAUUGUUCUCAGACAUCUGUCCCAAAACAUGUGAAAACUUCAAAUGCCUUUGCACAGGUGAAAAAGGCAUCGGCAAAGGAACUCAGAAACCUCUCCAUUACAAAGGAUGUCUGUUCCAUCGAAUCGUAAAAGACUUCAUGAUUCAAGGAGGAGACUUCAGUGAAGGCAAUGGAAGAGGAGGCGAAUCCAUCUAUGGAGGCUUUUUUGAAGAUGAAAGCUUUGCUGUUAAACACAACAAGGAGUACCUGCUGUCUAUGGCCAAUAGGGGCAAAGAUACAAAUGGAUCACAGUUUUUCAUAACAACAAAACCCUCACCACAUCUGGAUGGCGUCCAUGUGGUUUUCGGUCAUGUGAUUUCUGGCCAAGAGGUUGUCCAAACCAUGGAGAACCAGAAAACGGAUCAUAAUAGCAGACCAUAUGCUGAGGUGAAAGUUUUGAACUGUGGAGAGCUCGUCCCUAAAUCUAAAGCCAAGAAAAAUGAGAAAAAGAAAGAGCGAGCAUCCUCCAGCUCCAGCAGUAGUUCCAGCGACUCUGAAAGCUCCUCCGAAUCCUCCUCUGAUUCUGAAGAAUCUGACAAAGAAUCUAAGAAGCGGAAAAAGAAGGCAAAAAAGCAAAAAAAGAAGCAGAAGAAGAAGCAGGACUCUAAAAGGUCAGAGCCUGAAAGUGCUGAAGAGAAAGAACAAGAAGAGUUGGUUACAUCUACCGUACGUCCUGAAGAAAUACCACCGAUCCCUGAGAAUCGGUUCCUCAUGAGGAGAAGCCCGCAGGCAGUCCAAAAGCCAAAAGAGGAGGCUGAGAAAGAGCAGAGAAAUAAAGAGGAAAGGCCCAGAGAGAGUUCUGGCAUAACAUAUAAUUCUCAGUCAGCAUAUCAUAGAAGAUUAGUGAUGACACGAUCCGGCAGGAAGAUAAAAGGCAGGGGUCCGAGGAGAUACCGGACUCCAUCUCGUUCAAGGUCCAGGGAUCGUUUUCGGCGUAGUGAAACUCCUCCGCACUGGCGUCAGGAGAUGAAGCGCCAGAGGAUGAGGGCGGUCACUGGCGAGCGCUGGAUUAAGGGUGACAAAGGUGAUAUGAAUGAGGCCAAAGAUGAGGCAGCUAAAGUUCCUAGAAGAGAAAGAAGGACCUCUAGCACAAAGCGUGAACACACAGCUGAGGGUAAAAAAGACAAGAAAAUGCGAUCUCAUAGAUCCAAAAGCAGAGAAGAGGACACUGAGCAGAAGGAUGAGAAGCACAGCAAACAGAAGGCAAAGAAAAGGGCCAAAUCUCAAAGCCGCAGUAAGAGCCCAGAAAAGAGUAGAAGGUCAAAAAGCAGAGAGAAGGGUCACAAGCCCAAAAGUGACAAGAAAGAUCGCUCGAGGAGCAAAGAUCGUAGUGUUAGUAAGAAAGAAAAGGAGUCUGAUUCCGAUCACAAUAAAGACAGAAAUAAGGGUCACGAGUCUGAUAAAAAGCCUAAAGAGGAUGCAAAAGGAAGAAAUGGUGAGAGAACUAGGACAAAGUCACAAAGCAAAGAAAGAACUGCAAAAGACGGGCACAGAUCGAGUAGCAGAAACAGGGACAGGGGUGGACGUGCAGCGUCAAAAGACAAAGAGGAAAAAAGAGAUAAAGACAGAGAGAGGGGCAGGGAACGCAGCAGGAGUCAGCAGAAGCGACACAACAGUGAAAAGGAGGACAAGAGGCGAGGAACAUCCAGGAGUAGGGAGCCUCGACCAAGAAGUCCAGACAGAAGUAAGACUAGGGACUCGCACAGGAGCAGGCGCUCCAGAAGUAAGAGCAAUAAGAGAGACCACAGCAACGAACAGUCAAAUCAUAGGAAAGACCGAGAAUCUGCCAACCAAAGGAGACGACGUAGCAGCAGCUCUGAGAGUGAUAGAGAAGAUAAAAGGAAGAGUCAUAAAAGCCCAGAUCCCAAGCGGAGAGCGUCAAAUAGUACCUCCAAAGACAGAAGAAGCCCAGCCAGACCAAGACCAGAUAGUACAAAAGGCAAAGACAGAAACAGCAGCAAGAGGAAUAAAUCGAGCUCGAGCUCCGACAGCGACUGAGCCUAUGAUAAUAUCUUAAAGGAAUAGAUCGGAAUUUUUUUCCCCCUUUUAUAUCCUCUACGCAUUCAGUAUCUAAUCAAACUUACCAUCCAGAGUGGAGGACUUUCCUCAUUGAGUGCAGAAAAAAGAAAGAAAAUCCACAUCCAGCCCAAACUUAAAUGAUUCUACAAUACAGCCUGUCCGACCCCAAUCCUUUAACUGUAAUAAACGGAGAAGCAGGGUCUGACUGAGACAAAAAAAAAAUGGCCCAGGACUUUUUUUUUUUUCCUUAUUUUACACAGACUAGCCUGAGGGGGCAGGGGAGGACGCUGCUGCUUUUGUUUAAUGGGCUGCUCAAGCGGCCCACGUAGCUACCAGCCCUCUAGGAUUCGUCCCGGUGCUCUCAAAGGCCAGUCCAACUCUGCGGAGGAGAGCGCGCAACAGAUGGAAGCUGUGCUGGAAAAAAGAAAAAAGAUCAAGCAGUAAAAACAACUGUCAGCAUUUAAUACAACAACUCAAAGCUGCAGUGACAGACUGUAGCAUCACAUGAGAUUCGGCUGGAUGGAUUGCCGACUGAAUUUCCCUUGGAUUAAGUGCUCCACACUACUGAUGGGUAACUGGAGCUGCAUGGCCAGUGAUGAGAAAAUGAUUAAAUGAUUUGUGACCGAGCAGAAAUUCAUUCACCUACAAUGUGGACUGCAGAGUGUAAAAGUACCCUAUGUUCUUUCAAUUGUACAUGACCAGAAGUCUGUUUGAAGGCUGUAUUUUUUAAUUUUGGAUUCUUUGGGAAAUUUAUAUUUUGGCUUUACAGUAGUUCCAUUUUCACAAAGUUUGUUAAACAAAAAUCAAAAAUUUUACUGCAACAGAGACACCCCCCCACCCCCCAAUACUUUUUCUACUGACGUUAGUUUUAAUGUUAUUUAAUGCAAUUGAUUUUGGGGAUAAGGACUGCAAAAUGUUUGUUACUUGUCAAGUUAUUUUUACUAUAGCAGUCAGUCUGGAAAAUAAACCCACUCAUUUCAAUUUCUUGCAUGAUUACCCCUGUUAAUGAUGUAUUAUGUACAUUCAUGACUUCUUUAUUUUUUACAUUCAUUGACCUAUUACUGUAAUUCUCGUGCUGUAAUUACAACAUAAAAUCAGUUUGUAUGAAUUGUUUUGUGCACGCUGGUUUUAAGAGCAACUCCCUGCGGUGUAGAAUGAAUUAAAAAUUUCCCCAUUGAU